CCAGCUAAGGCGUGGACUUGGCAGAAGCUCUAGUGCCUGAAAAGAUGACAACUCAAGCACCGACGUUUAAGCAGCCGUUACAAAGUGUUGUGGUACUGGAGGGUAGUACCGCAACCUUUGAGGCUCACGUUAGUGGUUUCCCAGUUCCUGAGGUGAGCUGGUUUAGGGAUGGCCAGGUGAUUUCUACUUCCACUCUGCCCGGCGUGCAGAUCUCUUUUAGCGAUGGCCGCGCUAAACUGACGAUCCCCGCCGUGACAAAAGCCAACAGUGGACGAUACUCCCUGAGAGCCACCAAUGGAUCUGGACAAGCGACUAGUACUGCUGAGCUUCUCGUGACAGCCGAGACAGCGCCACCCAACUUUGUUCAACGACUGCAGAGCAUGACUGUGAGACAAGGAAGCCAAGUGAGACUCCAAGUCAGAGUGACUGGAAUCCCUACACCUGUGGUGAAGUUCUACCGGGACGGAGCCGAAAUCCAGAGCUCCCUUGAUUUUCAAAUUUCACAAGAAGGCGACCUCUACAGCUUACUGAUUUCAGAAGCAUACCCUGAAGACUCUGGGACCUAUUCAGUAAAUGCCACCAAUAGCGUUGGAAGAGCUACUUCGACUGCUGAAUUGCUGGUUCAAGGUGAAGAAGUAGUACCCGCUAAAAAGACAAAGACAAUAGUUUCGACUGCUCAGAUUUCAGAAACACGACAGACCCGAAUUGAAAAGAAGAUUGAAGCCCACUUUGAUGCCAGAUCAAUUGCAACAGUUGAGAUGGUCAUAGAUGAAACCACUGGGCAACAGCUGCCACAUAAAACACCUCCCAGGAUGCUUCCUAAACCAAAGUCAAGGUCUCCAACCCCACCAUCCAUUCCAGCCAAGACACAGUUGGCUCGACAGCAGUCUCCAUCGCCAAUAAGACACUCCCCUUCUCCGGUCAGACAUGUGCGGGCACCGACCCCAUCUCCUGUCAGGUAA